GUAAACUCACUCAUCUUAUUUUCGCACGCCUGCUACAAUUAUUGUAACCUUAAGGUGGUGAACAGUGGUUCAUUUGUCUCAAGCUCAAGAAAUUGAAAGAGCCGAUGGUCGAUCAUAACUCGUAGAUGGCUAAAGUUUGGCAAUGGGAUGAUCUCAGAUUUCACAGAAAUAUUUCCAUGUGCCGAUGAGAUCAAAUGGCUGACAAGAGCCAGAAUCUGCAGAAGGCGCUUGAGGCAUUUCGCAAGCGACAAGCUGAGAUCGCAACAAGCUCUGCCAGCGCUGCUCGGAAGCCAAAAAAAGCUGCUCCAAAGAGGGAUGGGAAGCCAAAAGCUGGCAGGGGCAGGGGAAGAGGCCAGGCUCCAUCUGAGAGCCCUCUCACGGGAAAGGAGGCCGUGAGGAACAGCGUGGCAAGGAGCACCGUGCCCCUUGCCAAGCAGAUCAAGAAUGUUCUUGAUCACCUGCUUGCUGACCGGAUGUCCGCGCUGUCACCGGCCGACAUCAGCGCGCGCUUUGACCAUGACGCAUCCCCCGGGACCCCCCUGCACAUGGCGCUGGCCGCCAACGACAAGAUUGAGGUCCUCCCGGAUGGUUCCUUCACCUACAAGGCAGCGCAUGAGCUGGGCGACAAGAAGCAGCUGUACAUGCAUCUGCAGCGGUUGCCAGAGGGCACGUAUGCAGGGACGCUGAAGGACACGUACGCUGAUGUGGCAGCUGACAUCGCAGCGCUCAAAUCGGAGGGCCUGAUCUGGGCGCUGCCUAGUGUGGACGUGGGGGGCGAUGAGGUUCUGUACCCCCGGGAAGAACGCCCCCUGAUCCGCGUCGAUCCCGACGUUGCUGCUCUGUGGCACGACGUCACGGUGCCGGCAGACCCGGAGGCUCUGGAGGACGAGCUGCGGAGAUCCGGCAUCACACCGGCUCCGCGAUCGGGGCCGCGGCGGCGGCCGCCGCCGGGCGCCAAGCAGAAGGCAAAGCGAGCGUACCGGCCUCGCAAUGUUACAAACGUGCACAUGCCCGAGCUGUUUGCGGACGCUGCUCCCACCCAGAUCGACUGAGUGGUGCUUCUAGCGUCUCUGGUCUUGAUGGAGUGCUGGUGUCAGGAUCUAAGUAUAACAAGAUCUUGUGAAAGGUGCUGCCGCGCAUUGUCACCAACAUGCACAUGCCCGAGUGUAUCUGGGACGCCGGUCCCACGCAGAUCGACUGAGCACUUGUCUGGAUUCUGGUGUAUUUGGACACAGUGCGGACAAGAGUGUCUUGCUACCGCUGUCGUUAAAGUCCUGGCUAUUCCAGGGUGCUGGUUUUGUUAGGACCAUCAGUUGUACAUUACUUGUAGUCGAGAUGCAGUUUGCGGACUGGGACAGAGGGUGAGCGCCUAGGGUAGCUGUGGGAAGGGUAGCUGGGAGCCCAUGAAAUUCUAUUUGCUCUUCCAAAUCAGCAAUAUUGGGGGCAUUGAACUGAACAUGUAAAGCAAGGUUCUAGAGAGAUGAACGUGAGAUUUGCAAUGGUUGUGACGAAGUUACUAGUAUACGAUGCCUAAGAUUGUUAAUGGGCAUUUUGCCCACGAGUGACAUGGCCUUUUCGCUGGCAUAUCAAAUAAUCUAAUUACAGCUUCUGCUGUGUUGCCUGCAUGCCGGUACAUAGGAAACUUCCAGGCUGCAAUGUGCGCCUGAGAUGCUAUUUCUACCCUGACCAGCGGACACAUGCAAACAUCCAUGCUUGCUGGUCUAAAGAAAGAGCAAUCCCCUUAAUAUUCUUGGAGUCUACUU